UCAUUGCCUUGCAGCAUCACAGAAGUGUAAGUCUGCACCCUGACCAUGGCUGAUUUUGGGGAAAUCCUGCGUAACAUAGGAGAGUUUGGAUUGUUUCAGAAGACCGUCCUCUUUGCUCUUUGCUUCCCAAACCUCCUCUUGCCUUUCCACUUUGCGAGCGUAAUUUUCACCCAGUCCGACCCGGAGCGGCACUGCAACACGGACUGGAUCCUCAGAGCAGCUCCUAACGUGACCACAGAGGAGCAGCUGAACCUCACCGUGCCCAGGGAGGAGGAUGGGAGCUUCAGCCGGUGUCGGAUGUUCGUCCCUGUGGACUGGGACAUCCAUGAUAUCAGGGAGUAUGGCCUCAAUGAAACGACAGGCUGCAGGGAUGGAUGGGUUUAUGGCAGCAUGCUGUAUGAAUCCACCAUAGUUACUGAUUUUGAUCUAGUUUGUGACCAGGCUCAUUUGUUGGGCAUUGCGCAGACGGUGUUGAUGGCUGGCAUCGUCGCUGGUUGUCUCUUAUUUGGACCUAUCGCUGAGUCGUAA